AUGUCAGCGGCAGCGGCCGCCGGAGGCGACUCGAGGGCGCUGGUGUCCGCGGAGACGGCCGAGAAGGCGAGGCUGAAGGCGCUGCAGAUUGCGCAGAAGUUCAACCCGAACCCCUACCAGGCCGAGCCGGAGCCCGAGCGCGAGCCCACGCCGCCGAGGGAGAACUCGCAGUUCGGCCCGGACCCCCUGCGCGUCCACGAUGCGCGCAAGAUCCGCGCCUUUCUGAUGUCGACGCGCACGGAGCAAAUUAACAAGAUGCUCAACAACAACAACCUCCCCAUCCCCUCCGAGCGCAACCGGUCGCCGUCUCCUCCCCCCGUCUACGACCCGGACACGCACAUGCGCAUGAAUAGCCGCGAGCAGCGCGUCAGGGCCGCGCUGGAGCAGGAGAAGAAAGGGUGCUUGCAGGACGCCAACAGAUACGACCCCGUCGGGCACCGCCUGCCGUCCGCCUUCAAGCCUCCGCUGAAGGAGGUGAAGCUCUUCAUCCCGGAGAAGGAGCACCCGGGGUACAACUUCAUCGGGCUCAUCCUGGGCCCCCGCGGGAACACCCAGAAGCGCAUGGUGGCGGAGACGGGCGCCUCGAUCACGAUUCGCGGCAAGGGCUCCGUCAAGGAGGGCGCGAAGGUCGUGCGGCGCCCCGACGGCCGCCUCCCGGAGGGCUGGAACGAGGAAUGCCACGUCCACAUCUCGGCUGACACAUGGAGCAAGGUCGACCGGGCCCUGGAGCUCGUGGAGCCGCUCCUGACGCCUGUCGACGAGGACAAGAACGUCCACAAGCGCCGCCAGCUGAUGGAGCUCGCGAAGAUGAACGGCACCAUCGACGUCAUCAAGUUCUCCACCCCCGAACAGCAGGCGCUGGCGCUGGUGCACGGCCCCGCGGGCGAACCCGGCGCGGAGCCCAUCUACCGGCUGCCCGCCGCGAUCCAGGCCAAGGCCGAGGAGCAGUACCGCAAGGACGUGGCGCGCUUCACGGGGCAGGACCCGGGCAAGAUGGAGGACGAGUACCGGAACUUCCUCGCCGAGCUGGGCGGGCAGCCGCUGGCCGCCAAGGGACAGGUGCACUACGAGAUCAAGGAGAGCGAGUUCGCGCGGGAGGCGCAGAGCGUCGGUGCGGGCAUCGGCGGGGGCGGGCGUCCGCGGCCGGGCCUGGGCCAGCCGAACGCCCCCGCGGCGCCUCCGCCGCCCGGCGCCUUGCCGCCAGCGCCGGCGGGGCGCUCCUCCGCCCGGGCCGCCGGGGCCGCCGGGGCCGCCGCCGCCGACGGGUACGGGGCGCCGCCACCGGGGGCAGUGGGCCACCGCCGCCGGGGCAGUGGGGCGCAGCCGGCCGGGGCACUGGAGACCCGCCGCCCGGGCGGUGGGGGCCGCCGCCGCCGGCGUACGGGUGCAGCGCGCCGCCGCUGCCGCCCGGCGCACCUCCGCCGCCCAGCGGGGCCCGCCGCCGCCGCCGACCGCGCCGCCGCCCGGGGCCCCACCCAUGCCGGCAGGGGCCCCGCCGCCACCCGCGGCCAUGCCGCCGCCGCCGCCGCCGCCCGCGGACGUGCAGGAGGUCGAGAUGGACCUGGAAGAGCCCGCGCCCGCGCCGCCGGCCGCGCCCCCGGCGCAGGGCGGGCAGAGCGACGUGGAGAAGGCAUAUGCAGAUCUUAUGAAACAGAUAGGAAACUGAUAUCAUAUGCAGAUCUUAUGGAACAGAUAGGAAACUGA